UUCACCGGUCAAGAUGGCGGAAAAGUUGGAUCCAGAGAACAUACUGUUAAUCACAGACUCCUACAAAGUUUCUCAUCAUAAGCAGUAUCCUUCAGGGACGACUAUAGUAUUCUCAUAUUUUGAAAGUAGAGGAGGAAAGUUUCCAGAAGUGUGUUUCUUCGGCUUGCAGUACCUGAUAAAGAGAUGGCUAGUGGGUCAAGUGGUAACAGCAGAAAAAAUUCAGCAGGCAACAGAAUUCUACAAAUUACAUUUUGGUUAUAAUCUGUUCAAUGAAGAAGGUUGGAAGUACAUCUUGGAAAAGCAUGAAGGAAAGUUUCCUCUCAGGAUAAGAGCUGUACCUGAAGGUUCAGUGGUUCCUGUUAAGAAUGUUUUGUUUACAGUUCAAAAUACAGAUCCCCACUGUCCCUGGCUCACAAACUGGGUUGAGACGCUACUUGUUCAAUGCUGGUAUCCCAUGACAGUUGCUACAAACUCAAGAGCCCAGAAACAGAUUAUAGCUGAAUACCUUCUAGAAACAGCAGACAAUUUGGAGGGACUCCCAUUUAAACUACAUGAUUUUGGUUUCCGUGGAAGCACAUCAGUUGAGUCAGCAUCCCUCGGUGGUGCAGCUCAUCUUGUCAAUUUCUGUGGAACGGAUACAGUGGCUGGCAUGGUUUUAGCCAGGAAUUAUUACGGCUGUGAAAUUGCUGGCUUUUCAAUCCCAGCAGCUGAACACAGUACCAUUACAACCUGGGGAAAAGAAGGAGAGAAAGAGGCAUUUAGGAACAUGUUAGAACAGUUUCCAUCUGGAUUAGUUGCAUGUGUCAGCGACAGCUAUAACAUUUGGGAGGCUUGUGAGAAGUACUGGGGAGAAGAUCUGAAAGAUCUUGUUGUAAAUCGGGGAACAAAUAACAAGGAUCGUAAAUUUGGAGGGGACAAAAAUUCUAAAGGCUUUCACUUACUACCACCUUACCUUAGAAUAAUCCAGGGUGAUGGAAUCAGCUAUGAAACUCUGUCUGAAAUUCUGGAAAACAUGAAGAAACACAAAUGGAGCGCUGACAACAUCGCAUUUGGAAGCGGAGGCGCUCUGUUACAGAAAUUGGAUCGUGACACUCAGAAGUGUGCCUACAAGUGUUGCUUUGCUGUUAUCAAUGAAAAACCAGUGAACGUGUACAAGCAACCCAUUACGGAUUCUACAAAGCAUUCAAAGAAAGGGCUGUUGUCGCUUGAACUGGAUGACACGGGCAAAUACGUAACGGUUGAAGAAGGAAGAGGAAAUGCAGACAAGGAUCUUCUCGAGACUGUAUUUGAAAACGGAGUCCUUGUCAAGGAGUAUACUUUUGCACAAGUCAGAGAGAAUGCCGAGAUCCCAUUGGUAAAAGAAGCAAAGAAAAACAAAGAAAAGAUGUAAUACGUUUUUGCAUUCGUUUACGUAUAAUCUUCCAAUUGUUUUGUCUUCACUCACUCAUGGCAUGCGCUUAUUUAGCUGAAGAACUCACAUCUGUUAAUGAAAGCCAACUUGAUUGGUCCAAGAAUUUUAUGAUAAGAUAUGUAGAUUAUUUAAUCCUAACUGUGUUUAGGUGACUGUUUUAAUUGACGAAAAACUUCGUAACUCACCAGACAAAGUCUUCUACUUUUUACCUCAGCGUAAGAGGCCAACGGCAGUAACUAUGCAGUCAGGUGAGUUUAGCAAGAUAUCGAAAAGCAGCUCAAAUGUUCUAGUGACAGUCAUCCUCACACCGUAAGAUUUCUUUUUACUUCUCACUGCAUAAGCUAGACGGAACGAACGACUAAGGAGGGUUACGUCGAGAGAUAAACCUCCCCCCCCCUCCUCCCCACUGCAACCCUUGUGUUCAAUACGCUGUAACUGCAGUUUGACACCAUCUCGCAGUGCGGAAGGAAGGAGAGAUCUCAUUCAGAGCGUUAGCGGGUAAUUUAGGAUAGAGUGUAGUCAGUGCUGAUGGAAAGACUUGAGAAGACGCUUGUGAAUGCACUCUGAGAAGCAGGGCUCUGUACGAGGUAAGAGGAUGGUUAUUCCAUCUUGGUUUUGAUUGUUACAUCAGACUGCCUGGUAUACACAGAUAUGCAGUGAGAGAGCCGCUUGACUUGUUCACUUCCUAAAAGGUUACUUCGUUACGAGGUCGAUUCGAUUUGUCUGGUGUGCAGCGAGAACUUCAUUAUUUGUGUGCCUAGUGUUGUACCUAUGUGAACAAGGAAUAUUUCAUAUGCAGUUCAUAAGCGACGGAAGAAGAAAAUUAACGUAACAAUAAUGCAUAAACGUAUCUUGUACCAGCAAGAAUGUCAAGGUAGAAUAAGUAUCUAACCAACAAAUACAAAGAAAGCACGCGGACAGUUUAGAUAACAUAUGAAAGGGGAUUUGGCUAACAUAUAUAACACUAAAAAGUAAAGGUUGCCUUCGAUUACAGGCUGAGCUGAUCAAGUGAUAGCUUGCAAUUAAAGGUGCUGCAUUUGCCGGCUAAUCUUUUAGAGAGCUCUUUUCUGUUUUUUAAGUAACGCACAUAAAUCACCUUCGUGUCCUGGGGUUUCUUGAUGGGAAGAACUUUAAAAUAAAACGAAGAAAAUUGUAUCGUUGCAUUGGGUGUUCAUUUUCUGUGGUCAGCUAAAUUAGACUUGAUGAGUUUUCCAAAUUGUUGUCCGGAAUGGCUGCCUUGGCCUUUUGGAAUAUUUAUGGCGCUUUUUUUUAUUCCGUAUCGUAGAGGUUAUUUUAGCACCAAGCACAUUAAUAAACAUUGAAAUAUUACAAAUGCUGAGUAUUAAAAGACUCAUAAUAUAUAGCUGGUUGAUAUUAUUCCUGUUAUUUAGAAAGUUCACAUAUUCUUAAAAGAAUUGCAAUUUCGAAGAAUGUUUAAAUCUGUUGCAGCAUUUUAAUUCAUGGGUACUAAUUGUAGUCAGUGUAAUGAGCCAAUCAAAUUGUAGGAUUUUCAGUCGCGUUUAAACACGGGAAAGUAGCGAAACGCAAAUCACAGUGGUACGGGCUUGCAAGACAGCGGUCAAACGACUGUGCAUGCGCGAGCGUUGCAAUGACUGAGUGGCGCUCUAGGUGGCUUACUUUUAGCCUGACCAACAGAACCAAGUUGUUUUCCAGGAGCAACAAAUAACUACACAAGCAACGUUUUAACAGCGUUUGACUUUUUUUGAUAAAGCUCAAAACAGAAUCGUAAAUCAACAGGACACCUGUACUUUAGUAAGCUUUAUGUUCAAAGCCUCAAGUUUUCCUUUUCCCAACUUUUGUUUCCCAUCAUGGAUUUCUAUUAACGUUUCAAUUUUCUUUUGAACAUUUUGCGAGACAGCGGUUGUUUCAGUGAUGUUUUUCAAUGAAAUUUCGCGCGGGAAAUGGACGCGUGAGCGGCCAACAUUGAUUCUCUUGCGUAUGCGCGACGUUUGACCGCUGUCUUGGAUUUUGCACGUGAUUCACUGGACAAGAAUAUGACAGCGUUGUUCAGGUUGACUCAUUCACAUUCCCUAAAUGUUUUCUUUUAACUAUUAACCCUUAAACUCAACCUUUAAUACUCUUCCAGUAGAUGAGAAACUUUCAUAGAUAGUGAUGUCAACACUGUAUUGUCUAAUGGUACUUAUUAUCUUAAAUAGGAGUCAUACUAGAUGUGUGUAUUUAAAUGCCUGUCUUUUUACUAGUAUUUUAAAUUUAUGUAAUCCGUCAGUGUAAGAAAAAUGAGGUCAAUAAAAUCUUUAAAUGAAAAUCCA